AUGCGGGUUGGCCGGGCUACGUAGCGACCUCUUCUCCCGGGCGGGGCGCGAGAGUCUGAGCGUUCUUCGCCCACCUGGCUGCUCUAGCUGUUGAACCCUGUCCGCCCCUCACUAAUCCAGGAUGGUUCUUAAGGCGUCUUCUGCCUCCUUAGCGCUGGCCUGGACGUUCCCUUUACUUGGCCUUUGGAGACUCACUUGCUUUUUGAUGGCGUCAGCGGCUGCUGGGUGACCAGCUAGAAACUGGAAAGCGAUCGUCCCUUCAGGAGAGUCACCGAGGCCAUCCCUUCUGUCGUGGUGGGGGUGUUUUUCCUUCUUCGGCCUGCCACUCUCCAAGGGAGAAGAUGCCACUGCCAUUUGGAUUGAAGUUGAAACGCACCCGCCGCUACACUGUGUCCAGCAAGAGCUGUCUGGUUGCACGGAUCCAGCUGCUCAAUAAUGAGUUUGUGGAGUUCACACUGUCUGUGGAGAGCACUGGUCAGGAGAGCCUUGAGGCGGUGGCCCAAAGGCUGGAGCUUCGAGAGGUCACUUACUUCAGCCUCUGGUACUACAACAAGCAAAACCAGCGCCGAUGGGUGGAUUUAGAAAAGCCCCUGAAGAAGCAGCUGGAUAAGUACGCGCUGGAACCCACCAUCUAUUUUGGAGUGGUGUUUUAUGUGCCUUCAGUUUUACAGCUGCAGCAGGAGAUUACCAGGUAUCAGUAUUAUCUGCAGCUGAAGAAAGAUAUCUUGGAAGGAAACAUUCCUUGUACUUUAGAACAAGCAAUUCAGCUAGCAGGCUUAGCUGUUCAAGCUGAUUUUGGUGACUUUGAUCAGUAUGAAUCCCAGGACUUCCUUCAGAAAUUUGCCUUGUUUCCUGUGAGGUGGCUACAAGAUGAAAAAGUGUUGGAAGAAGCAACCCAAAAAGUGGCCUUACUACAUCAAAAAUACAGAGGGCUCACAGCUCCCGAUGCUGAAAUGCUGUACAUGCAGGAGGUAGAAAGAAUGGAGGGCUACGGAGAAGAGAGCUACCCUGCAAAGGACAGCCAAGGAAGCGACAUAUCCAUUGGAGCGUGUCUCGAGGGUAUCUUUGUGAAACACAAGAAUGGAAGGCCUCCUGUGAUAUUUAGGUGGCAUGAUAUUGCUAACAUGUCCCACAACAAGUCCUUUUUUGCAUUAGAGCUGGCUAACAAGGAGGAGACCAUCCAGUUCCAAACUGAAGACAUGGAAACAGCGAAGUAUGUGUGGAGACUCUGUGUUGCACGACACAAAUUUUACAGAUUGAACCAGUGUAACCUACAAACUCAGACUGUCACAGUGAAUCCAAUCAGGAGGAGGUCAUCUUCAAGGAUGUCUCUGCCUAAACCCCAGCCCUAUGUGAUGCCUCCCCCACCCCAGCUGCAUUAUAAUGGACACUAUACAGAGCCAUAUGCUUCUUCCCAAGAUAACCUCUUUGUGCCCAACCACAAUGGAUAUUACUGUCACUCCCAGACAAGCUUGGAUAGAGCCCAGAUGGACGUCAACGGUCGCAUCCGGAACGGCAGCGUCUACAGUGCACACAGCACCAACUCCUUGAACAACCCUCAGCCCUACCUGCAGCCCUCGCCGAUGUCCUCCAACCCAAGCAUCACCGGCAGUGACGUCAUGAGACCCGACUAUGUCCCCUCGCAUCGCCACAGCGCUCUGAUCCCCCCUUCCUACCGCCCGACCCCAGACUAUGAGACUGUGAUGAAGCAGCUCAACAGGGGCAUGGCACACGCAGAGAGGCAGAGCCACUCGUUGAGGAAUCUCAACAUUGGCAACUCCUAUGCAUACAGCAGGCCCGAUGCCCUGGUCUACAGCCAGCCUGAGAUCCGGGAGCACGCGCACUUCGCCUCCCCACAGUCAGCUCACUAUGCAUUCAAUCUGAACUACAGUUUCCACAGCCAGUCUCCCUACCCCUACCCCGCCGAGAGGCGGCCUGUAGUGGGCGCUGUGAGCGUGCCAGAGCUCACCAAUGUGCAGCAGCUCCAGGCCCAGGAUUACCCGGCCCCCAACAUCAUGCGGACCCAGGUGUACCGCCCGCCACCGCCCUACCCUUACCCUUACCCCAGACCGGCCAACAGCACCCCGGACCUGUCCCGCCACCUGUACAUCAGCAGCAGUAACCCAGACCUGAUCACGCGGCGCGUGCACCACUCGGUGCAGACCUUCCAGGAGGACAGCCUGCCGGUGGCGCACUCACUGCAGGAGGUCAGUGAGCCUCUCACUGCGGCGCGGCGCGCGCAGCUGCAGAAGCGCAACAGCAUCGAGCUGGCGGGGCUCACGCACGGCCUGGAGGGGCUGCGGCUCAAGGAGCGCACUCUGUCGGCGUCGGCGGCUGACGCGGCCCCGGCCCCAGCCCCAGCCCCAGCCCCGUGCGCGCUCCUAGCUGGCUCCCAGCCCAGCGUCUGCAGCAACAGAGCCAAGCAGGACGGGGCUGAAGAGCCGGAUGAGACCGAGGAGCAGGAGGGCGGGAGGUACGGCCACAAGAAGUCGCUUUCGGACGCCACCAUGCUGAUCCACAGCAGUGAAGAGGAGGAGGAGGAGUUCGAAGAAGACCUCAAAGUCGCAGCCGCGCUCCCCACGCAGCCUGAACCCCGGCUGCUGGCCGCCUACGCCGCGGAGCUGCCUCGGAGCCACCCCUGUGCCGCCGCCAUCGCCCCGGGCCCCGGCCCUUUGCAUAUUCUGGAGCCCAAAGCCCACAUCCUGGAGGCCGAGAGGAGGGCGAGGGAUGGAAGCCCCGCGCACGCGAUGGUGGAGGCACAGCGCCCCCGGAGAGAGGGACUUCUGACGCCCUCCAUGUCCGAGUCCGACCUCAGCACAUCUGGGAGGUACCGGGCCAGGAGGGACUCUCUGAAGAAAAGGCCGGUGUCGGACCUGCUCUCCGGGAAGAAGAACGUGGUGGAAGGGCUCCCGCCGCUGGGGGGAAUGAAAAAGACUCGAGUAGAUGCAAAAAAAGUUGGUCCUCUGAAGUUGGCUGCCCUCAAUGGGCUCUCCCUGUCUCGACUGCCUCUGCCCGAUGAAGGCAAGGAAGUGUCCACCAGAGCGACGAAUGAUGAAAGGUGUAAAAUGCUGGAACAGCGGUUAGAACAGGGAAUGGUAUUCACAGAAUAUGAAAGAAUUCUUAAAAAGCGGCUGGUUGAUGGGGAGUGCUCGACAGCCCGACUGCCUGAAAACGCAGAAAGAAAUAGAUUCCAAGAUGUCCUUCCCUAUGACGACGCGAGAGUGGAGUUGGUCCCCACCAAGGAAAACAACACUGGCUACAUCAACGCGUCACAUAUUAAGGUCUCUGUCGGUGGAAUUGAGUGGGAUUACAUUGCCACACAGGGACCAUUGCAGAAUACCUGUCAGGACUUUUGGCAGAUGGUGUGGGAACAGGGAAUUGCGAUUAUAGCGAUGGUGACAGCGGAAGAGGAGGGCGGAAGGGAGAAGAGCUUUCGGUACUGGCCGCGCCUGGGUUCCAGGCACAACACUGUCACUUAUGGGAGGUUUAAGAUCACAACCCGCUUCCGCACGGACUCCGGCUGCUAUGCCACCACGGGCUUGAAGAUGAAGCACCUUCUCACGGGGCAGGAGAAGACAGUUUGGCAUCUCCAGUACACAGACUGGCCCGAGCACGGCUGUCCUGAAGACCUCAAGGGAUUUCUGUCAUACCUCGAAGAGAUCCAGUCUGUUCGACGCCAUACUAAUAGUACAAGUGAACCCAAAAGCCUCAACCCUCCGCUGCUGGUCCACUGCAGUGCUGGGGUAGGAAGGACCGGUGUUGUCAUCUUGUCGGAGAUCAUGAUCGCCUGUCUGGAACACAAUGAGGUGCUGGACAUCCCCAGAGUGCUGGACAUGCUCAGGCAACAGAGAAUGAUGCUGGUCCAGACCCUCUGCCAGUACACGUUUGUGUACAAAGUGCUCAUUCAGUUCCUGAAAAGCUCCCGGCUCAUCUAAGCUCUCACACCUCCUCACGGGACCCAAUCACUGAAGCGUUAACAGCUUAAAAAAAAGAAAGUGCUUGCCUACCUUCCACUUUCUGCUCGAUACUUGAGCACACCAGAAAUCCAUGAGGACAGGAAUGGCGCAGUGUGAGUCGCAGCGCGCUAGGGGGAACCUGCAAAGCACAAAGCAGAAGAGGGGGACCUGGGACCUGGCAAAGGUGCUAGAGGAGGAGGACUCGGUUUUGAGGGCAUUGUCCUGCCGGCGUCUGUCGGAUUUGCAGUACUUGCACACAUUGUGGAGAUUGUAUUUUCUAGACAAUUCUGUUUUACUGAAGCUAUGCUGGACAGUUCUGGCAAUCAUGAAAGCCGAUAUUUCUGUCUUACGCUAGUUUGGGAUGAUGGAAUUUUAUGUUAUGACUAAAAUAUUUAGGGGUUUUCUUAGUGACAAAAUGAGCUUUCUAUGGGGAUGAUCCACAGAUUGAGGUGUUUGUGUAUAACAUUGUGUUUAAAACCAUGUUAUUGUGUUAUUUUUUUAAAAAAAAAAAUCUUUGGGUACUUAAUGGCUUAGUUAUGGAACUCAAACUAUAAGGAGAAUCUGAAAGUGUUAUUUUGAAACAUAGCAUUUUUAUAUUCAGAAAUUUUUUUAUCCUACAAAUUCUAUAUAUUUGUACCUUCUGUAUUUUCCAAACUGCUCAUGAAGAUACUGAAAUGAGUCAGUUAAUGUAAAUAAAAGUUGGGAAUGAAGGCACAUUGUUUAAAUGCAAGAAAAUCAGGUUCACUAUUUUUUCAGUAUUAUUCAUAAGCCUUAAUGAGUUUGGUUUUAUUGGCUGAAAAUGAAAAAAACAAUUACAUAGGAUGGUUUUAAGCACUUUUUCUGUUAAAAAUGAAACCUGAGUUUUAAUAUAUGUUUUGCUUUGUUAUUUGAGUGUGUCUUGUGGAAGAGGGUUAAGAGUACGUGGGACGACAAGCACAGGAGGAAGUGGCACGCGAUGGGAAAGCAGGAUGCCCUUGUCUUUACAGAAAUGCAGUAUUAUCUACACUCAGAUGGGGACACCAGGAUGGAGAGCAGGGCUCGAGCGAGCGGGCCAUGCCCAGGCUUCUCCCAGGAAUUCACGGCCGGCCACUGCCAAUAACUCAGUUUUCCCCCUACAAGUAGAGGUUUAUAUUAUUCCAAAAAGCCUUGAAAAGGCUUUAUUUUAUUUUGAUUGCAAGAAGGAAGUGGUAAAUAGAUUCAACUCUCCUCCUAAAUCUACAGCCUGGAUUUGUGGAGCAGCAGAAAUUGCUGUGGUCCUGGGUGGUCCUUGCAGUUUACCCGCUUGCUCCUGUACUUCAGCCCUGGGAUGUUUUAAGUCCCCUCUCCCCCAGCCCACUGAGGCACCGGUGACAGACAGAGCCAGGCUGAGCUGACGGAGAGCACCGUCCUUGGCCAGGCUCGGGAGGCCUCUUCUGCCUUCGCUGCCUACUGCCCAGUGGGUAGGAUGAACGGGGACUGCUCCCUGGGGAGGCAUCUGCUUUUCUCGGGUUCUGAGGCCGAUUCCCCACAAUGGAGAGCUUCUAGGAUAUCAAUUCUAGAGUUAUUUCCCCAGAUCACAAGAUUCUAAGCAUUUUUCUCAUUCUCACUUCUUUCCCAAAGCAGUUAUCUCACUAUGAUAGCAGCUACAUUCAUGUCAUCGGCCAUGGGACAGGACUUCCUAGGCGUUGGGGCAGGUUUAACUCCAUCCUGGAACCAGCCACGCGGGGGAAAAUUCAGAGGAUUGUAGUGCAAGGCGGCCCUGAAAGUGGACAUGCUUCUCACUUAGCAGUAAGAUAUCAGUUUUAAAUCUAAAGUCAUCUUCAAACUUCUAGUGAAAGAAUAAUAGACUCAAGUGAAAAUAUUCAGAAAAAGCUACCCAGGAGAAUUGGAGUAAAGAGGUUUUUAAGAAAAUAAUAUUUUCCAUCUCCACACCACUUUAUAGUACAGGAUUUUUUCUGAAGCUUUUUGUUUUCCAAUGGUACAUUUUUGAAGAAAUGCCUAUUAGGCUUACAUUUUGAAGUGACCAUUGACAAGAACAUACUGUAAAGCAAGAGUCUAAUUAAAGAGUAAUAUAUGGUAUAUUUGUGUUCCUGUUGUAAAAAUUUGUUAAGCAAAAUUUUUUUUUUUUGGUACCGUGAAUCGAUCUCAGGAUCUUGCAUUUGCCAGACAGGCACUGUGCCACUGAGCUAUAUCCCCAGCCCUGUUAAGUAAAUUUUUAAGAGGGAAAAAUUAUACUGUUUAAGUCUGUCACUCUUAAAAUGUCAUAUUUGACAUCAUUUAUAAGCACCAUGUAAUUUUAAAUUUUAAAUCGCAGGUAGUGAAUAUGAAAGAAUUUCUAAAUAAAAAUAAAUCUACACUAUUGGACUUUAAAUAAUGUGACUUGCAAAAGCAAAUUAUGUAGAACACUGAGGUGUUCCAUAGGUUUACUGUGGAAUUGAGGGUGUUACUGUUGGCCAGCCUGACACAUACAAUGCUUUGUAUCUUAGUGUCUUUCAGUUCCUUAAUAUUGAUUUCAUACUAGAAUUCCCAAAAUGUACAUUUUCACAAAAAAGUAGGUUAUAAACCAAUGUUUCUACUGAUCACCUUUGGUAUUAUUUCUGGCAUCAGUUUUUCUGAUGAUGGGGGGGGGUCCUACCUUGAAAUUUUCUAAUUGAUAGUUUUGAGCACAGACAGUGAUCAUUUUAAAAUAUAAUCCAGGAUGUUAAUUAUAGCAUCGUUAAUUAUUUUCUUCUGGAACCUCUACUGUGAAGCAUUCAGGAAGCCAUAGAAUUUAGUGUUUGAAAGACUCCGUGGCAGAAUUAAAACAAGCUGGACCUGUGCUUUGUUUUUAGAAACUUCCGGAAACAGAAAUAUCUAACCUGAAACACAGAGGAGGGAGGAGAAUGUCACCUCAAAUACGCUGAUUUAUGGAUGUUCUCAAUAGUAGGAAAAGGCGAAUAUAUCCGUAAAGUGUACAGCUACACAGCGUGUUAGAGGUCAGCCACAGUUCAUCAAGAACAAGUUAGGAUUGCAGGAAUGGAUGGAAACAGGGACUGCUAUCAUAAAUGUUUCAAAGCUACAGAUUGAAGUAAUUUUGGGGGAAGGGAAGACUUUUUUUAAAAAGAUUGUCUUAGAUAUAAAUGUAGGAGAAUUUAUCACCAAGAAGGCUGCAUAGCUAGAAUGAUUCCUUCCCAGUUGGAAUUUUAUUUUAAAAGAAUCUCAAAUUCCAAGAGAGUCCUUUUUGAGCCAAGGGAUAGACAUUUGAGAAGUAGAAAGCUGCAUUAAGGAUUUGCUUAAAACCCAGAUGUGGUACACAUACUUGUAAUCCUAGCACUCAGAAGGCUGAGGCAGGAGGAUGGCUGGGAAUUCAAAACCAGUCUAUCAAGUAAGUUCAAGGCCAGCCUGACCUAUAUAUUGAGUCCUUGUCUCAAAAAACAAAAUGACAAAAACACUUUUUUUUUUUUUGCCUGAGAAAACAUUUCUCAAAGAUACCCAAGUUUUUCAAAUUCCUAUAGACAAGGGCUUCAUUUAGCCUGUCAUCUGUAGUUCCUUACAGAAAAAAGAGGAAAUAUUAGAAAGUUCGAAGUUUGUGUUUUGGAGGUGGAUGAAAGUUCCUUGGAUUGUUGACGUCAUGUAAUUUUCUGUAUGUUUCAGGCAGUUCCAAAAUUUAAAAAAAAAUUGCUGUAAAAGCUCACUUCUGUACUGAAUUGAAGUGGUACUGAGAUUUAACUUUCUUAGUUUGUCCCCCUAAAGGUUGCAUAAGUGUCAGGGGGCCCGAAAGGUAAAAGGUACAGAACCACCUUGCCGUUGCCAGGCAGUGGUCACUGAGACUCAGAAUCAGUGGAGACAGAUGAGCCAGUGUCACAGAGGCGACUCAGAUCCGGGUAGCUCGGCAUUUGCUGUGGAGACCUGAGCGGUGGGGUCAGGGACGGGGAGGAGUGAAGUGGGCAGCAGCCUGUGAAGCCUCUGGUGGGCAGGGUCAAGGAGGGUCAGCUGGCAAAAUACAAGGGAUUGAAAUGGAGGGGCAAGGGUGGCAGCUGAGCAGGAGGUGUAAGGUCUGCAGCACCCGGCUGAGGGGGCUGCAGUUCCAGCGGGGUGGUGCUGUGGACAGGGUAUCUCUAGCUCACUUGUGAGUAGAAUUAAUGAAGGUCUGCCUGCCUGUGGUUUCCACACACGUUUAGUCCUGUGUACCUGAAAAAAUGCUUUUCAAAGUCUGUGCAAAAAUUAAACAUUUUUCAAAUAUUGAUGGGUUAAGAAAAGGAUAGUAAAUGUAUGCUUUUAGGUUAAGCUUUAGCAUAAACAAGGACAAAUGCACACAGGAAAGGAAUAAUUAUUUGCAUUUUUUUUUUUUUUUUUGGUACUGGGAAUCGAACUCAGGACCUUACAUUUGCUAGGCAGGUGCUUAUGCUGCUGAGCUAUACUCUGGCAACUGUUUGCCUUUCUACCUGUAGAACUUGUUAACAGUAUGUCUUACGUAGGGUUCCAAGUUUCUGAAAGUUAUUGGAGAAGUGUUUUUGUCAUUAUUCUUUAACUUCUAUUUAAUGACUUUGUGGUGUAUCAAACAAAAGGACCAUUUAAAAUCUGUGAAACCCUUGGCUUUGUGCACAGGUAGACAGUGUGAUUUCAGUGUAAAAAAAUGCAAUUUUAACUCAACUGGUAGGUCGAUUUUGAACCGUUAAAAAAGAGAAUUUAUUUCAGUCAUCAAACAUGGAUACUUUUGACAUUUUAGUGUACAUGUGUAUUUUAAAUUUGCACUUAAAAAUUGGUGAAACAAAAAUCUACAGAAUUCACUCUUUAGAGGAAAUCUAUACUGCCAAAGAAUUUCAGAAAGUUAGAUUAUUACUGGGUUAGGAAUUUGAAUGUCAGGUCUUAGUUUUUUGAGUCUAUUGAUAAGGCUGGUACAGAUUUAAUGAUAAUUGCCUUUCCAUUUCCAUUUGCUCAUUCAUCAAAUGAGAACUGAGCAAAUGAAUGAGAAAUGUCAGUUUCGGUGCUCACUUUUUAUAAUAUGACAGGUCAGACUGUUCCAUAUACGAAGAGACUAUUCAAAUUAUUUUUAUUGUGAAAGUUUUAUUUAAAGAUCACCUAAAAUUAAUGGAUCACUGAAUGAGACAAAUCUUUGGUUACUUAUAGUGACAUUUAUUAAUGUCUUAAUUUUAUAAAGUGUCCUGAAAGCGUUUUGGUUAGGCUUUGUAUUUUCCUGGAAUAAUACUAACACAGCAUGAGUGCAGUUCAGUAAAUAGUCUGAGAGAAGUAAAAAUACCCGUCAGUGACAAAGUAUCUCCAGAGCAAAUUUAAUAAGGACAAGGUUUAAAAUAAUAUGAAACCAUUAAGGCCACAUGAGUCAAACACAAAGGAAAAGAAAAAGUAUACGAAAAUACAGUGACCUGCAGCCCCUACCAUGGCAGAGCUGUGAUGGGUUUUAUUCACAUAGUUUGGUCUUUGUGGCAUAAUAGAGAAAUCAAGGAAGUAGUUAUUAUGUAAGGAUGAUUCUUAAUAUUUUUUCCAAAACUUCUAAUAAUAUGGUCAGUUUGUUCCUGCCCAUAUUAGAGUUUUUUACAGUUCUAUACUGUAAUCAAGUUAAUUUCCAGUGGAAUUGAAUUAUUAUAUAUUACUCAGUAUAAUCAAAUUCUAAGCAAGAGAUUAACGAUGAUAGAAAUAUAGAAGUAUUUGUCAGUACCUCACACUUAUUUAAAAAAUUGAUACAAUUAAACGUUACUCAAAAGACUGAUUGGCAUAGCUAGAUGUGGUGGUGCACACCCAUAAUCCCAGCACUCGAGAGGCUGAGGCAGGAGCAUCAUUAUGUGUUUGAGGCCAACCUGGGCUACAUAGCAAGAUUCUGUCUCAAAAACAAAACAAAAAAAAGGACUGAUUGGCAAUGGGCUGAUAUAAUUUGCUUUUGUGUGUGUUCACAAGUCAUUUUUACAUUAAAAUAUAAAAUAUGUACAUUUUUAUCUGUAAGUUUUAAAAUGCCACACCUAGGAGUAAUACCCGGUGUUUGUUGCUGUUACAGAAUACCUGAAACAGUACCUUACGGUCAUGGAGGCGUGUUGAGGGGCCUUGCAGCUUGGUCUUUGGCAGAAGGCACAUGUGCAUGUGUGCGUGGAUGUGUGUAUGCAUGCGCGCGACCACGCUCUUCACAACACUCUCCUGAGAUGCCGUAAUAACAUGGAUCCAGGGGUGGGGUAUGGCUCAGUGGUUCAGUGCCUGCCUGGCAAGCGCAAGGUCUUGAGUUCCAAUUUCUGGUAGCAAAAAACAAAACAAAGCAUUGAUCCAUUCACAAGGGCUCUGCCUCCUGAGCGUCCUACUUCCCAGUGCCACUGCACUGGGCAUUAAGUUCCCAACAGAUGGACCUGGGGGACACAUUUAAGCCAUACCAUUAAGUAUUUUCUAUGAUGUCAUCUCACUAUUGUAUUUUGUAGAGGAAAAUGUAAAACUAAACCAACAAAAGGUUAAUGGGAUUUGAUGUGCCUAACAAACAAAAACAAAAUUUGGAGCAAAAUGAUUUGAAAUAUACUUCAGGGAAGAAUGCAUUGGGAAUUCUAACCUUUCAAAAUAGUAGAAUUUUUGUCUACUUUUUUUGUUUAAAAAGCAACUUUAUGUGCUGUUGUUUGAAGAUAAAAUAAAAAUGUCUAAUCAUAAAAGCUUAAUUCUAAACUUGGUUUAUAAAGCAGUGUACAUUUAAUGGGCAAAAGCUUGAAUGGCUGAGUGUAUAAUAUGUGAAAUGAAUAUAUGAUAGUCUAUUUUUGCCAUGAAAAUAAAUGUAUAAAGAAAGAUA